CAGCAGACAUAUUAGAUUUUUACACUAAUUAGUUAUGGCCCAUGGAGGUGGACAGGUUCCAGUUUUCUGUAGCCUUUGUGAGGAGGAUACUAGAAUAACAUGGAAGUGCUUGAACUGUGACAUGCUCAUGUGUGACAAGUGUAAAGAAAAAAUUCAUGUGAAAUUCAAAUUUGCAAAGGAUCACAAAGUUGUUUCAAUUGAGGAGUUGGGGCUCCAUGAGGAUGAAAUAGAUUUGUCUAAUAUAAAUUGUAAAACCCAUGCAGGCCAAACUUGUGUUUUGUUUUGUCAGUCUUGUGUCUACUUAGUAUGUCCACUAUGUAUCUCUGAAACCCAUAAUGGACAUGGUUUGGUAACCAUAAAAGAGGGAUAUGAAAUCCUGAUAAGCAAAUUAAAGACAAGAGGAAAGAAUAUCGGAACUAAUAUUCAUGAAUUGGAAAAAAGAAAAGAAGAAGUGAAGGAUGUCGAUAGAGCUGAACUUUCCCAAUUUGAAAACACUCUGAAGAAAAUCAAAGAUCAGAAUGUCCAGCUUAAGAAGGAAGUCGAUCAACAUACUAAAAAAUUGGAGACUGAGCUAAUUAAAAAGUGGGAAGAUUUACAUCGAUGUACUGAAACAGAAGAAAAAGAGGUGUCCCUGCUCAUUGAAAGUCUGGCAUCCAAAAAGUCAGUAGUUGAUGAUAUCAUCCAAUCCAAUGAUGGUAAAAGAAUUUUUGUUGAUGGUUUGGAGUUAGUUCAAUCAAUGGAGGAAACAGUCACAUCACCUUGUUCAAAGUUUGAUUCUAUUCCAACAUUUCUUCCUGGAGAGAUAACUGCUUAUAACAUUGGUUCACUAGAAAAUGUUUCUACUAAGGGUGAAAUUAAAAUUAUAAAACAAUUUGAUACUGAAAUCUCUAAUGUUAUGUUUAUGGCAGCUUGUUCUGAAGAUACAUUGUGGAUUACUAACCAGGAAGUAUUACAGAAAGUGAAAAUAGAAGGGAGGAGUUUGAAGAUAAUUGAUCAAAAAAACAUUAAAAUCUAUGGUAUGGCAUGUACUCCAUCUGAAGAUCUUCUUUUGGUUACUGCAGGAGGAUCUGUACUGAAGCAGAUCAGUGGUCAGACAGGUGAAAUGACUGAUUCUAAGUAUAAGGUAAAAGGUUUUGUGCUAUCAACUGUUCAUGUUAACUCAGAUGGAAAAGUCACUACUGGUGCUUAUAGUGGGGAAAUAGUUUACCCAGCUGUAGGAAGAAGGGUUGUGGUUGUGAUGGAUAAAAGUGGGAAACAUGAUACUACUAUUGAAUAUGACACUCAAGGAAAGUCUAUAUUUACAUAUGUGAUGAAUAUAACCAGAACAAAUAAUGGUAAUAUCUGUGUAGUGGACCAGUUAUCUGAAGAUUGGAGAGGUAGAGUGGUAAUACUGAGUGAAGAUGGUGAUGUUCUGAAUACCUUCAAUGGCAAUCCAGAAGUUAACACAGACAAAAUACCUUUCGAACCAAUAUAUGUAUUAACUACUCCAUUUGACAAUAUUAUAGUUUCUAACCGAAACCAUAACAUUUUAUAUUUCCUAAAUAAUUCUGGGAAUUAUAUCAGAUAUUGUGACACAAGAAAACCGGGAAUACUAUAUCCACGCCCUUUCUGUAGUACAGAAGCCGGACAUACUUAUGUAGGAUGUGUCACACCUAUAGACAGUAGUGAUAAGGCCAAAAUAUAUGAAGUGGAUAUUUUGUGAGUUAGAAAAGUUUAAGUUCAUGUGAGGGAAGUUAGAUUCUUUUGAUACUUGUUCAGAGACCGUGUUUGACAUUGUUGUAAUUGCCUUGUAAAUAAAUAUGAUUUAGA